GCAGAAGAGGCGCGCCCAGGCAGUCAGCCGGCAUCGCAAGAGGCGAGCACGGCCGGGGGCUCCGCGGGCGGGGCGGGACGUGUGUAGCCAGGGCAGAUCGCGGGCUUAGCUUUUGCCCCCGCCCGCAGCCGCCCGAGAUGAGCGAGGCCAGCCGGGUGUGCUCCGGCUACUACAGCCUCAACCGCAGCUUCGUGGAGCCCUUCCAGUGUCCCCGGCGCGGCGAGGGGGCCACCUUCAUCUACUGCUGCGGCUUCGCCGACCUCAAGUACUGCUGCAGUGAGCCGGGCAGCUACUUCCCCUACAAGCACAGCUACAUGUGGAGCCUCAGCAUUGGCGCUCUGAUUGGACUGGGAAUUGCUGCCCUUGUUUUACUUGCCUUUGUCAUCAGCGUCUGUGUUCUUUGCUACUUAUUUCUGUAUACAAAGCCUCAAAGAUUAGACACUGGCCUUAAACUUCAACACCUAGAGGCUACUUCUACUCAAGAAGGCAGCUCAAAUAGAAAAACCAAAGCCCCCAGUUCAAAUUCAACAAAUGAAACAUUCUAUGAAGCUGAUGAUAUAAUUCAAGAGAAAACAAUGGAUAUGAGACAAAUCAACACUGCUUACUGUUAAAUAUCCUGUGUUGUAAAAGCUCACUGGAGAGAUGGAGCAACAAAAAUAAAGAGUUCACUUCAAA